AUGGCAAUCGGUUUGCUGGGCAUUCCAAGGGAAAUCCGCGACUUGAUCCUAGAUCAAGUCAUCUUCCUUCCCGACCGCGAUGCGCCGCUGAACCCCUCCGUCAGCCAGGAUCGGAAAAGGCGAGAGUACAAGGGUAAAGGGUUUUUCGACGGCCACGACGUCUGGGUCGAGAAGCAGCAAACCCGCGAAUCCGCCCCGCCCGCCGGCACGCCCAACACCGCAAUUCUGCUCGUCAAUCAGCAAUUGCACGAUGAAGCCAAGGCCCUUCUUGCGUCCAAAGGAACCCAUUGUCGACUGGACGUCAUGUACGUCAAGGAGUGUGGCUUGUGGCCGACUUGGCUUGCCGUGCCAAGAACGACCCGCCAUGCCGACAGCGUCCACGUCCAGUUCCGCAUUUUCGACCCUCCGAAAGACGUCGACCCGGACUGGAAGAACGCAGAACAGUUUCGGGGUGGUGAUGGCGGCCCGCCCUUUAUCGUCUGGAAUUUUUACGCCAUGCUGUCUGGCUACCUGCGAUACGGGCCGACCGCCUUCAGCAGCGUCGUCGCCGACCCAAAUAACUUCACCAUCAAGAAGCUGAUACUCGACGUCGUCGCCCCGCCGGCGAACGAGAAGCACGACCGCCUAGUACCCGGAGAUAACAGCCGCGCAUCCAACCUGUUUGAGGGCUUCACUCAUCUGGUUAUGGAUGCGGAAAAGCGCGAGCGCCGCGGGAUCACUUGGCCCCGCCCGGCGGAAGGAAAGGAGCACCUCAUACCGGCUGAGAAGCUUGCUUUCUUCAUGUGCAGCCAGAUCGGAGGGCUCCUCUCCAUGUAUCGUGACUGGGCCGACUACGGCGCCGCCCUGUACGAGGGCAUCGGCAGCAUCCAGAUUCGCGUCAACGGCGAGAUACGCCGCGACUUCGACAUGGACGAGAUGCUUGCCAGGUUACCCAUCCAGCCCAUUACGGCUUGGAACGAAAAGGAACAGCAAAAGAGACAGAAACGCUUCGACGACUGGAAGGCCCAAGCGACAACAAUAAGACGGGCUUGGAAGAAAACGUGA